AAUCACCUUUCUAACCCUAACCCUCUUCACCCAACCACCACCCCUCUUUCUCUUUCUAAUCUCCAAUCCCACAUUGAUGAGAUAUCCUAUCAGGACUAUCUUCAGCUCUAACAAGUUCACCGUUAACGCCGCUGUUUACGGACCGGUUUGGAAGUCUCUGCGGCGGAACAUGGUUCAGAACAUGCCGAGCUCCACCAGGCUGAGGGAGUUCCGUACCGUGAGGGACAAUGCUAUGGAGAAGCUCAUCAACCGCCUCAGAACUGAAGCAGAGAACAACAAUGGCGUUGUCUUCGUCCGCAAAGACGCGAGGUUCGCGACGUUCUGUAUCCUCGUUGCAAUGUGUUUUGGCCUCGACAUGGAAGAACACAAGGUGGAGAAAAUAGAUCAAGUGAUGAAGAACGUUCUCAUAACUCUGAAUCCAAGACUCGAUGAUUAACUUCUGAUCCUGAGUCCUUUCUUCUCGAAAU